AUGAUAAAACAUCUUCGUUUCUAUCAAAUACCAUGGUCUCAUUACUGUGAUAAGGUUCGUUGGGCAUUGGAUUUGAAAGAGAUUCCAUACGAUGCAAUUAAUUAUAAUCCAUACGGAAAAACGAAAGGUUUAGAACGAGCACCUAAAACAAUACGUAAACUAAUGCCAAUUCUUGAAGAUCCCAAUAAUAAUGAUAAUCCAUUUCGAUGUGAUUCAACACCAAUUUUACUCUAUUUAAAUACUCAAUAUCCUCAAUCGUCUUUAUCCUUAUUUCCAUCCUCAUCUGAACAAUGUCAACAAGUAUUUGAUACAUGUUUACGUCUUGAUUCUGAAUUAGGUCUUUACACACGUCGUAUUGCAUAUGUUCAAAUUCUUAAAGAAAAGUCAAGUCUAAUGUCAAUUCUACUCGGUGAGAAGUAUUCAUGGGCACAUAAUCCAGAUGUUAUUCGUUCGCGUUUAUUUAGGCCAUUUAUUGCUUGUUUUAUGAUUGCUCGAUAUCGACUUCAUCGUAUUCGUGAAGAACAAUUAAGAGAAAGAACAGAACAGAUUCUUUUAGAUAUUGGAGAACGUUUGCGUACACAUGAUUAUCUUGUUGGUGAACAAUUCUCAGCAGUUGAUUUAACAUUUUGUUCACUUAUAAAACCACUUCAACAUGUACCUUGCUUUUUUGAUGAUAAUCGAUUUCGAAUUAUUUUCGAUUAUCAUGAACGAAUUCGACAAAAAUAUGAUCCAAAAUAUCCAAAUAUUGAUAAUUUUAUUGAAAAAAUAAUAGAUAAACAUCGUUUACAAAUAAAAACGAAUGAAAAAAGUUUAAUUACUCGUCUCAAGAUAUUUAUUCAUCGAAUCAAUUUUGUACAACGAAUUUUUUUUGCAUUCAUGACUAUGAUUGUAAAAACAGUUUACGGACCGACAACUGAUAAUGAAGAAGUACCUCAAUUUAAUGUACUAUCAACACAAGAUAAUCAAGAAAAAGCAGCAGUCAAUGAUCAACGACAAUUAUUUGCUGGUUAUCGUUCAUGUUUAUUAAUUAUUCGUAUUAAUCCUAAACCAGUUAUUUCAUUUCAUAAAGCAAGUUUUCUUGGUCAUCAUCGAUUAGUUAAAGAUGAAUUUAUGUUACGUGUACUUGAUUCAAUGUCAUUUCAUAAAUUUAUUGAAGAACGUGGUCCACCUUAUCGAUCAUGUGAUAUAUUUGAUGAAGUUUAUGCUAUGAUUUAUGAUCAAUUAAAACGUGAAAAAGAUUCAAUAACAAAUAAUAAUUCAACAGCUAUUUUAGAACAUAUUAAAGAAUUAGCAAAUCAACUUUUGUUAAAUGAAAAUCCAUCACCACAACAAACAUAUACACAAAAAGUACCACAACCAUCACAAACUAGUUGUAUGCGAGAUAAUUUACUAGAAUUUCCACAUUUGGAUAAAGAAUUAGUUAAUGUAGCGAUUAAAGAAGGAAUUAAAAAACAACAAAAUAGCAGACCUUAUUCAGCUCGAGUUAGUCAACCAUGUGUCGUAAAAUUGGGCACAUCAAUACAUAUACUUAAUGGACGAAGUGAUAUUUCACAAUCAGCACGUCGUUUAGAAGUAUUAAAACAAUGUGUUGGUUAUAUUUUUAGUGAUAAAAUUGCAGAAGCAAGAAAAACAAGUGGUGCCGUAUUUUAUUCAAUUAAAAGUCAUGAAGAUGCACGAAUUGCAUUAUGUAAUGAAUUAGCAUCAUAUAAAAAACAAAAUAAACCACGAUUAAAUAAUCAACAAUUUGAAAUGAUUGCUAAUUUACUUAAUUGUGCUCUUGAAGCAAGUUCAUCAAUUGAUGAACAUGGUAUUGCUUAUACGAUGCUUACUUUAGCAACAACAUUUCAUCGAAAAUUAAGUGAAGAAGCAACACAAUUUAUUUAUACAGAAAUACAACGUCAUGCUGUUUGGGCAAAUAUGCAAUUUUGGGAAAUGUCAUUUUAUUCUGAUGUUCAACUUCAAAUACGAAAUUUAUAUUUAUCACAUGAAGAUUCAAAUCAAAUAAAUAUUGAAGUUUCAACUGUAACUGAUACAUCAUCAACAGAUACAGUUACACAUCAAACAACAAAUGAAUCAUUAUCUCAUCAUAAUGGACCAAUAAUACAUGAAAAAACAGCUAUAGAAAUAGCUGCUGAACAAAUGCGUCUUUAUGCUCAAAAAACAUCUGAAGAACAACAUUCAAUUGAAGAUCUUGAAGAACAAACACUUUAUGCAUUAGCAAUACAUUAUAUUCAAUUAAUGGUUUAUAUGAAACUUCCAUUAGAUAUAUCAUCAUCAACAAAUAUACGACAUUCAAUAUAUAAUCAUGUUUCACAUAUAACAAGUUGUGAUGCAGAUAGUGUUACAAGUGAUUUUUAUCAUAGUACUAAUGAUCCAUUUAAUUAA